UUUCCUGAUUUCCGGCUACUCUGACGUCGUUAUACCGAAGCUAUUGGUCUUCUCGAUCGUUGAGUACAUUUGUUCAUACGGGGCUCUGAUCAGCAUUUGCGAGAUUGUCGCCGUCAUUCUUUCUGUCCUUAUCGAGAACCAGCGAUACGUUUUGUCGACUGUACUUAGCUUCGAACGCGACCCGUACAAACUAUGGCGACAGCACCCUCAGCAACCGCUGGUCCUAAGAAGUUGUCCUUCGCCAAGGUGGUUGCGUCUAAACCUAAAGAAAACAUGCCUAUUGUUCCGGCUUCACGAGUUGCCGUACCGGCUAUGGAACAUCGCUUGCAGCCUGCUGUGGCUUCCUCCAAUCCUGCCGCCACGACUAAGAGCACAAAUACCACAACGAACUCUGGAAAUAAUCCGGUAGCUUCCGCCAAGCCUCCUUUAGCUUCUAAAGAAAAUGGCACGGUGACUGCUCCACCUAAUAGCACGACUGUUGAUGGUUCCAAGCCCGCGCAAGGCGGGAAAGAUGCGCAUGCCUCUCUCUCUACUGCUAGCGCUUCGUCCACGCCCAGCCUGGUCGUGAAUGGCUCAUCUUCUUCACUAAGCGAAGCCCAUAAUAAGAAUGAAAACGGGGCUUCAGUAUCAGAUGACGCUUCGCAAAGAGCUGAUUCUAACUCGGAGAUGGGUACUAAGGCACCUAGCCUUGAUGGAAAGAGUAUUACUUCGGGUACCACAUUUGCGCUUGAUGAAAAGGAAUCCCUGCGCCCGGACGACAGUGCUAGUGUAAAAGCGUCCGCAGAAGAUGACGAGUCUUUUUCGAUAAGGGGUUCACUAAUUGCUAACUCUCGAAUUGGUUCUGAAGUGGCUCGCAUCCAUCGUCUUAGGAUUGGUGACAUGCCAGAAAGGCGAAUUGUUCAGAUACUUCCCGAGCUGCAAGAUAAGGGAAUUGCUACCCCCCAGAGCGGUGUUUCUAGCCAGCAGCCUCCAGCAGAACAACCUCAGACUUUAGGAAUCGUUAACGGGUCGUCCGAUGCCUUUACCUCAACUUAUGGCCAGAACCCGGACGAGAAACUUUUGGAAGCUAUGCAAUCUCCAAAGGAUCGGAUUUUUCUCCUACGGCUGGAGCAGGAAGUUAUUAACUUUGUUCAGUCUUCUAAGGAGCCCUAUAUGGAUCUUCCACCGAACAAUUCAUUCUGCAGAAUGUUAACCCACAAGCUCGCCGACUAUUAUCACAUGACGCAUUCCUUUGAAGCUAUUCAAGGCUCCGUCCGUAUAUUCCGCACCCCAUUCUGCCGAGUGCCUCCCUCCUUGGCUAGUAUUGUCGGCACUACUACUAAUAACAGUACUAAUUCAACACCUCAACUCUUACCCAAAAAGAUCAUGAGGCGUGGCGAGGACGGCGGAUCAGGACAAGCUAGUACCAGUCCAUCCAAAGCAACCUCUGAAGUAGGGAGUGACGGCAAGGAGAAAUCGGCUACGACGAAGGACAAACCCACUAGAGAAGAACGUGAAGAGGCAUACAAGCAGGCCCGCGAGAGAAUCUUUGGCAGUUCAGACAAACCUGGAGAGACCACACCAGAUAAUGACGAUGCAAAUGGCAUCUCUCGAGCAAGUUCUGUGUCGGCGAAGGACAAGUCAAACCUUGGGAAGCGAGGAAAGACGGGUAAGCAGCGGAGAGAUGAUUCUGAAAGCUUCGAUUCUCGGUCACAAUAUCAACCGUAUUAUCACCCUCACCAACCUGGUUGGACGACACCUCAAUACAUUCCCAUUGGGCAUCCGCAAUACAGUAGUCCUGUUCAACCGCCAUACCCAAACCCGAUGCCGCAGGCUUAUGCACCUCCUGCGCAACCCUAUCCAACUAUGAUGCCUAACGCGGCAUUCCCGCAAUAUGGUACCAUACCAAUGUAUCCUCCUCAAACGCAGGUCACUCCACCGCGGUAUGCUGCAUCUGCUAGCAGCACGGGUACUUACGCUGGCCCGGUCCAAACCCCGCCUCCUCAACAAUGGCAACCCAACUAUAACCAGGCCCCAUCACUAAGUCCUUAUCAAAGUCGGGCUGCUCAGCCUCAGACUCCGGGAAACCCAGGGCCAGUAGGUAUUCCUUACGCAUUUGGACAGCUUCCUGCGAAUGCCAAUCCCCAUGACCCCAAAAGCCAGCAUCCUAUUCCAGGGAGUUACAAUCGACACGCAUUUAAUCCUAAGACCCAGUCGUUUGUCCCUAGCAAUGGCAUGGUACAAGUCCAACCUCCGCUACCUCCCUAUAACAUGGGCGGGCAUGGUAGCCCCCAGGUUGGUUCACCUCAUCUAGCCUAUAGUGCAUAUAGCGGUUCUCCCGCUCCGCCUCAAGCGUACGUAGGCGGUCCAGGCUACGGGAUGAGUCGGCAAGGAUCUAACAGCUCCUUGCCAGCUUAUCACCCACCCCUUCCUCAACAUCCUUCGGCACACCUACCCCAGGUCCCGGCCCAGGUGCCUAACAAACCUAGCAUUCCUCCACCGACCGGCCCAACCCAGACUUUCAGCCACCUACCUACUUACGGCAAUCCGGCCACCCUGCCGCAAAAGCCACCCACUGGAAUAUAGACAAAAACUGGCGCAACGCAACAUGUGCAUGAAAAGUUAGCAAGCAUUAGUGGUGUUUAUUCUUUUCGGUGAGGACUUGAGACACUUUUAAGGCGGAUGGAUAAAGGGAACCUUACAGAGACAACGACACCGGCGUAAAUUGGCGGGUUGUUGUAUUGGUAUCAUUGGCUGGCGUUCUGGCGAAGGGCAAAGCUUUUAAUUAAAGACGUUGAUGAUAGGAUGGGAGCUUCUUGCCCCGUA